AUGAAGGUCUUCUACGCGUCUCUCAUCGUAGCGACAUUGCUCGCGCAGUGCACCGUCUUCGCGGACGAGUGUGCAGAUGCCACUUCCACCGGCACCUCGACUACCGAGACUUCGUCGCAAACAACGGCCUCUUCGACCAAGAGCUCCGACUCUGGCUCGGAUCUCUUGUCCGUGGAUCUCACGUCCAUCGGUGGCGCCGGCACCAACAUCACGGAGGCGACUGAAACGGAGGUGGACGGCGUGUCCUAUUGCUACGUGGAAGGCUACCUGCCCCCACAGGCUAAGUGGAUGAUGCAGCUGCCCAUUUCGACCUGGACGCAACGCUAUCUGCAAGCAGGUUCGGAGGGCUCCGACCAAUACGAGAAUGGACACUUUGCGAUGGCGACAACCGACAUGGACGGCACCACCGAUGGGUCCUUCGCAUUAAACGAAGACGCCUUCAUCGACUUCGCCUACUUGGCCGUGCACAGCACUGCAGAGGUCGCCAAGACGCUCAUCAAGCAGUACUACGGCCAGGAGCAGAAGUACGCGUACUUCAACGGGUGCUCGGACGGCGGCCGCGAGGCUGUCAUGUCGGCACUCCGCUAUCCGGAAGACUUCAACGGCAUCGUGGCUGGUGCCCCUGCGUUCCUUAACCUGGACGAGAACAACGAGCCCAUCUUGAACCCGUCGCGAGUUCCUAUUCUUCACGAUGGCGUGGUGGCUGCAUGCAAUUCCCUGGACGGCGUGGAGGACGGUCUCCCCACUGACCCUCGCAUCUGUUCGUUUGAUCCUCGUACAAUUCAAUGCGCUGACGACGCCGACAAUUCCACAUGCCUCACCGCGGCUGAGACCCACAACGGAUGGAUCGACGUUGGAGUGCUCGCCACCGAUGGAGGGAGCGUUCCAAGCGAGGCGAUGGCUCUGUCAACGCUUCGCUACCUCAUCUUCAAGGAUGCCCCUGGAGCAAACUACACACUACAGGACUUGGUGUUUGCCAAUUCGACCAUUGAACUGCUCAAGCCGCACCACCCGUUCCUCGACUCUGUGAGCCCCGACCUCUCCGCCUUCCGUGAGGCUGGAGGCAAGUUGAUUCUCUGGCACGGCUGGGCUGACCAGCACAUUUCUCCGCGCACGACGAUCCAGUAUCACGAGAAGCUGAUCGACAACAUGGGCGCUGACGCCGACCAGGACUUCAACCGCAUGUACCUCUUCCCCGGUGUGUGGCACUGUGGAAGCGGCGAAGGCAUGACGUCGUUUGACCUGCUGACCCCGAUGUUGGACUGGGUGGAGGCUGGAUCGGCUCCACACGAGAUCAUGACGUCCACGGAGGAGAGCGGCUCCAGCUCGACGUCCGGGUCGUCCAGCACGCUCUACCGCACGCGUCCGGCUUAUCCGUAUCCGUCGGUGGCGAAGUACUCGGGCUCUGGUGAUGUGAACGAUGCUGUGAACUGGGAGGAGGGCGACGCGUUGUACUCGAACUUGACGGCGUAUUGGCUUGGGGAGAGCUUCUUCGACGUGUUCACGCCAGUGAUGGAGCCUUAA